AUGCGGCCCGGCGCUCACAUUAGGUGCGUCCUGGGCUCGCGCAGGACGGGACCGGCCCCCGGCUCGGCCGCGCCCCGCGCCGCGCGGGGCCCCCUCCUAGGGCCGCCGCCCCGCUUCCGCCCCCCGCGCGGCGGGCGCGCGCCCCGCCCGGGCGCCCGGCCGCCAGCCUCCCGCCCUCCCCGCGCUCGAGGCCCCCCGCGCUCGCGCCCGCCCACGCCGACCGCCCGCCCACGCGCCCCGAACCGAAAACACCGAUCCCCGCUGGGCGCGCGUAGGCUGUGGGCUUUCGGCAGCGGCGCCCCAGGCUGUGCGGCCGCUGGCGCGCUGGAACAGUGGUGCUCCCGCAGGUGCCCCAUCCCCGGCUGCGACGGCUCCGGCCACGCCACCGGCAAGUUCCUGUCGCACAGGAGCGCGUCGGGCUGCCCCAUCGCCAACCGCAACAAGCUGCGCGUGCUCGAGUCGUCGGGCGGCGGCGGGGGCGGCGGCGGUGGCGGUGGCGCGGGAGGCGGCGGCGGCGGCGGAGGCGGCGCGGGCGCCGGCAUGGACCAGCACAAGGCGGCGGCCGCGGCGGCAGCGGUGGCGGCGGCGACGGCCAUCAAGUUCGACGGCGUCAACUGCCCCACACCGGGCUGCGACGGCUCGGGCCACGUGAACGGCUCCUUCCUCACGCACCGCAGCCUGUCGGGCUGCCCGCUGGCCGGCGCGACGGUGGCCGCGGCGCCGCACCACCCGCCCGUCAAGAAGAGCAAGUACCAGGACGACAUGGCGGCCAUGUACGCCAAGCCGCCUGCAGACUGGCUGAUGACGCCUCUCGCGGCGGGGCUGCCGUGCGCAGGUGUGGACGCGGUAGGCGGGCCCGGCGCGGCCCGUGGCGGGCGGCGGGGCGCGCGGCCUGGGCGGCGGCGGCGGUGGGCCGGGCGAGCGGUGGGCCGGGUGGCUCGGGCGGCGGGCCCGCGGCCAAACGGCUGUGUGGCGCAGCCCACGGAGAUCUCAUGA